CAGGACGCUUAACAGCAUAGUGAUAAAGGAUCACCCGUGAACACACAUGCAGCUCCCGGCCUUAGAGCUCCAGACCGGUGUGCAGGCGAUGGCGACCUUGCUCCUGCCAGCCCGGCCCCAGGGCCGGAGCCCUGCACUUGGCCCUAGGGCAGCAGGACCCUGUUGUUUCAGAAGUCGGUGACCUUCGAGGAUGUGGCCGUGUACUUCACCCAGGCGGAGUGGGCUGGCUUGUCCCUGGCACAGCGGAUCCUCUACAGGGACGUGAUGCUGGAGAACUUCCGGAAUGUGGCUGCCCUGGGACUUCCCAUCCUCAGGCCUGACGUGGUCUCCCAGCUGGAGGGAGGUGGAGCGCUGAUGGCUGCAGGAGGCCUCUGCAGAGAAAGUAUUGGUACCCCUACUGUCAAUAAUUUAACAAAGGAAAUGUAUGGAAAAAAAGAGAUGUCUUUUGAACUUCAGAGGAACUCUUCUCAGAAAACUAACUUUGCAGAACCCUGCAUUCUAGGGAAAUACCAGGAAGUACACGUAGUAGCAAGCAGGGAGAAAGAAAACUACAGUGUCAUUGUUGUAUCAGUGAAGGAUGAGGCCUGCUCCCGGGAGCUGUCUUCUGAGUGUGCACAGCUGGAGAAGGGCUUCAGCUUUGACACAAAACAUUGUCAGCAUGAAAUCAUUCAUACCAGGGAAGGACCUUUCAAACGUGAAGAGUUGGUGGAAAGCUUUAGGUGUAAUUCUCCACUGCAUCAGCUUCCCAGUUGCUACGCUGGGGAGAAGCCCUCCCAGUGUGAGGAGUGUGGUCAAGCCUUUUGCAGCGUUCAUGUAAAAUCAACAUGGCAUCAGAGUCUCCACAGUGGCGAGAAGCCCUUCAGAUGUGCGGAGUGUGGGAAAAGCUUCCGUUACAGUUCCCAUUACCUCACACACCUGACAGUGCAUAGUGGGGAGAAGCCCUAUCAGUGUCCAGUGUGCAGGAAAGCCUUCAGUAUCAAUGGGAGCCUCAGUCGGCAUCAGCGAAUCCAUACGGGGGAGAAACCCUAUCAGUGCAAGGAGUGUGGGAAUGGCUUUAGUUGCAGCUCUGCCUAUAUCACACACCAGAGAGUCCACACUGGGGAGAAACCGUUUGAGUGUAAUGACUGUGGGAAAGCUUUCAACGUUAAUGCCAAGCUAAUCCGACACCAGAGAAUCCAUACGGGAGAGAAGCCUUAUGAGUGUGAUGAGUGUGGGAAAGGCUUCCGUUGUAGCUCCCAGCUGAGGCAACACCAGAGAGUUCACACAGGAGAAAAGCCCUGUCAGUGUCUGGCAUGUGGCAAAGCCUUCAGUAAUAAUGCAAAACUCACGCAACAUCAAAGAACCCACACGGGUGAGAAGCCACACUCAUGUGCUGAAUGUGGGAAAGCCUUUAGCACCAAGGGGAAGUUAAUCCAGCACCAGAGAAUCCACACAGGUGAGAAACCCUAUGAGUGUACUGAGUGUGGCAAAUCCUUCCGGUGCAACUCCCAGCUUCGGCAGCAUCUGAGAAUCCACAGUGGCGAGAAGCCCUACGAGUGUCACGAGUGUGGAAAGGCUUUCAACGUCAAUGCGAAACUGAUGCAGCACCAGAGGACUCACACUGGGGAGAAGCCCUUUGCUUGUGAUGAGUGUGGGAAAUGCUUUGCGUCGAAAAGAAACCUCAUGGAUCACCACCGCAUCCAUACUGGAGAAAAGCCGUACCAGUGUAAAGAAUGUGGGAAAGCCUUCAGCAUCAAUGCCAAACUGACGAGACACCAGAGAAUACACACAGGGGAGAAACCCUUCAAGUGCAUGGAGUGUGAGAAAGCCUUCAGUUGUAGUUCUGAUUACAUCGUGCAUCAGAGAAUUCAUACUGGAGAGAAACCCUUCCAGUGUAAGGAGUGUGGGAAAGCCUUCCACGUUAACGCCCAUUUAAUCCGGCAUCAGCGAAGCCAUACAGGGGACAAACCCUUCCGAUGUGUGGAAUGUGGCAAAGGCUUCAGCUACAGUUCCGACUGCAUCAUCCAUCAGACGGUCCAUACUUGGAAGAAGCCCCAUGUGUGUGAUGUGUGUGGAAAGGCCUUUAGGUUUAGCUUCCAGCUUAGCCAGCAUCAAAACAUCCACCGUGAAGGGAAAUCCUGAGACUGAGGUAGAUGUAGGAAACUUGGGGUUGAUGCAGAGAUGGAUUGAGGAUCAUAAAAUUCACCUGGAUGGGAGAGCAGGCGAGGAAGAAAUACAGCAGUAUUCCCAUGGAAAGAAUUAUUUCCAUUUUAUGAAUUUUUCAUCAGGAAUGACAACCAGUUAGAAAGUAGUGUCUGCAAAUUGCUGGUUUCAUAAUGACAAUUAGAAAGCAAAAGGGAAGAAAAUAUCCCAUUCCCAGCAGCAGUAAGGAUAGCUUUUUCCUCUGAAUAAAUUUCCAUGAACUUUAUAUAAAAAUUAUGUCUCCAAUAGAAUGUCCUUAAAAGAAAAUUUGAAUAAAUGGAGAGAAAUUUUAUUCUUGGAUAGAGAAUUCUAUUUAGUCUGCCUAGAUUUAUCUCCCUUUCAUUUAAAACAGUAAGCAUGUAUCACUUUUGUACAAUGGAAAAACAAUAAAGAUUUCCUUAAAAAAGGAAAUGAGUAAAUAUUUUCAUGGUAUGGAAGAAACCCUUCUAGUCAAAGAGAAAACUCGAAGCCAACCAUAAGGGAAAAUACUGACCAGAUGGCCUUUGUA